AUGCCCCCCACUGACCUCGCCUCUUGCCAUCCCGUUCCCCCUCUUGCCAUCCAGUUCCCCCUCUUGCCAUCCCGUUCCAACUCGUGCCAAUUCGUUCCCCCUCUUGCUAUCCUGUUCCCCCUCUUGCCAUCCUGCUCCCCCUCUUGCCAUCCCGUUCCCCCUCGUGCCAUCCCGUUCCCCCUCUUGCCAUCCUGUUCCCCCUCUUGCCAUCCCGUUCCUGUCAUCCCGUUCCCCCUCUUGCCAUCCCGUUCCCCCUCGUGCCAUCCCGUUCCCCCUCUUGCCAUCCCGUUCCUCCUCUUGUCAUCCCGUUCCCCCUCUUGCCAUCCUGUUCCCCCUCUUGCCAUCCCGUUACCCCUCUUGCCAUCCCGUUCCCCCUCUUGCCAUCACAUUUCCCCUCUUGCCAUCCCGUUCCCCCUCUUGCCAUCCCGUUCCCCCUCUUGUCAUUCCGUUCCCCCUCUUGCCAUCCCGUUCCCCCUCUUGCCAUCCCGUUCCCCCUCUUGCCAUCCCGUUCCCCCUCUUGCCAUCCCGUUCCCCCUCUUGCCAUCCCGUUCCCCCUAUUGCCAUGGUGCCAUGGUGCACACGCACCUCUAUACUCACUUCCCUCAUCUAUCCUCUAUCCCCUUAUGCAUAUCAUCCCCACCUCCUUCCUUCCCCUCCCCCCUCUCUUCUCUUCCCCCCCUCCCUCCCCCUCCCCCCUCUCCCCUCUCAUCCCCGUUCUGCCCAUCCCUGACACUAGUGCAUAUUGCUGGUGGAGGCCAGAGGGGCCGUUGUAUCGGUGGGGGCGUUGCCCCGAUCCUCUUCUGGGGCAUGUGGUGGUCGUGUUGGAGUAGGCUAGAGCUCACUCUGGCAUCUAUCAUAAUGUCGCCCAUCCCCUUCCGCACGCACCCCAUCAUCGUCAUCGGCACUCUCAUUGGCCAGGGUGACCCUGACCCCAACCCCUCAAAAGAAAGGGUAUGUUCUAACGCGUCUCAUCCACAGUGCUGA